AUGGUUGCAGAGGCAUCAGGGGAAACUGCUGUCUCCAUUAAAAACAACACAGCCCUUCCUGGGACAGGUCUUGAUCCAAGUUUCCAGCUUGAGCUUCCAGAAGAUGAAAUUGAUGCAGAAACGAGCCUUAAGACUGAGUUUCUUACACCAUCAUCGCAACUAUCAUGGGAUUUACUCGACUUGAUGCAGGUUACACCCGAUGUGGACGUGACAAAACUAAGCCAAAACUUGGUAACCAUACCGAAAAGUGCUGGAAGGACCAGUUUUAGGUUCAAACGUCAUGGAAUUAGUGGUUCCAUCACCGGGUACAAAGAAGAAACCAAACGUUCAGAUAUCGACAAUGCAAAUUCAGGCAAUUCUCUAUCUAUAACAAGAAAGUACACCUCCAAGAAUGACUCCUUGAAAGGCAAAACCACGUUUCUUCCUUUCCAACCAGGAGGGCUUAUGACUCAAACGGCUGCAAAGGAUGAGUCUGCAUUUUUGCAUAGAAACGAUCUUGGAUUGUUUGACAUUCCUCAAGGAUUUGAACGUGGUUUGGUCAUAGCAGGCGAGUCUGACAAGAAGGAAGUAAGCGCACAAUUACAGGAAUUGGAUGACAAGUCGAACGAAGACAUUCAUGGUAAAGACGACGAGGAACCAUCAGCGGGCGGAACAAAAUUGAUAGUAGAGGAAGAGGGAGAAGUAGAGGAAGUCAUCCCCAGAGAAGACGAAGAUCUCGAUGAUAUAGAUGAUAUCAUUCCUAUGAACUACUCUGCCAUCAGAGAGAAGAUGAAAAAUGAGAGUGAACGAAAAAAGACUUGGGCACAUGUGGUUGAUCUCAGUCAUCGUGUUGAUAAUUUCAAGGAUGUGGUCCCCAAUAUGGCACGAGAAUGGCCUUUCGAACUAGACACGUUUCAGCAGGAAGCAGUUUAUCAUCUUGAACAGGGCGAUUCAGUAUUUGUUGCUGCCCACACUUCAGCCGGUAAGACUGUGGUAGCUGAGUACGCCAUAGCGAUGGCCACCCGAAACAUGACGAAAGCCAUCUACACCUCUCCCAUCAAAGCAUUGUCUAAUCAGAAGUUUCGUGACUUCAAAGAAACGUUCAAAGAUAUCGAUGUUGGUCUCAUUACUGGUGAUGUUCAGAUCAAUCCCGAUGCGAAUUGUUUGAUUAUGACAACCGAGAUUCUUCGGUCCAUGUUGUAUCGAGGAGCCGACUUGAUAAGAGAUGUCGAAUUUGUGAUUUUCGACGAGGUUCAUUACGUGAACGAUAUCGACCGUGGUGUUGUUUGGGAAGAAGUGAUCAUCAUGCUUCCCGACCAUGUCAAGUACAUUUUGCUUUCUGCCACGGUUCCAAACACUUUUGAGUUUGCAAACUGGGUGGGUCGUACCAAGCAGAAGGAUAUAUAUGUCAUAUCGACACCAAAGAGACCUGUUCCUUUGGAAAUUCUGAUUUGGGCAAAACAGCAUUUGUACAAGGUUGUGGAUGCACAACGAAAUUUCAGCGACCUAGAGUUCAGAAAGCACAAAGAAGCCCUUGAAAGUGGAAAGAACAAGGGCCGUCCUAACGUGGUUUUAGGACCAGGCAGCCGUGGAGGGAGAGGUGGUACGGCAAGAGGAGGCAACAGAGGCGGAGGGAGAGGUGGAGGUGGUUCUGGUCGUGGUGGCUCCAAUGGUGGUCAAGUAAGCACUAGACCAUCGGGCCGAGCUGGAUUCAGCAGAGAUGGACCCAACAAGAAUACCUGGUUGCAACUUGUUCAGUAUCUCAAACAGCACAAUUUACUACCAGCAGUUGUGUUCGUCUUUUCAAAGAAGCGUUGUGAGGAAUAUGCGGACACUUUGAGCAGUGUCGAUUUUUGCACAGCGAAAGAAAAAUCAGAAAUUCAUAUGUUUGUGGAUAGAGCUGUAUCCAGAUUGAAGAAGGAGGACAGAGAACUUCCUCAGAUCCUUAAAAUUAGAGACUUGUUAAGUCGUGGAAUAGCGGUACAUCAUGGUGGAUUGUUGCCAAUUGUCAAAGAGUGUAUUGAAAUUUUGUUCUCGAGAACUCUUGUGAAGGUUUUAUUUGCAACUGAGACGUUUGCAAUGGGACUAAACUUGCCUACGAGAACAGUUGUUUUCAACCAACUUCGCAAGCACGACGGUCGAGGUUUCCGGAAUUUGUUGCCUGGUGAAUUCACUCAAAUGUCCGGACGUGCUGGUAGAAGAGGUCUUGAUGAUACCGGUACCGUUAUCGUAAUGUCAUACAAUGAACCUCUCUCCCCGAUGGACUUUAAAGAGGUGGCUCUAGGAGUUCCUACAAAGCUUCUGUCUCAGUUCAGAUUGACCUACAAUAUGAUUUUGAAUCUCUUACGAAUUGAGGCUUUGAGAGUUGAGGAAAUGAUUAAGCAUUCGUUCAGUGAGAACUCUACUCAAUCUCUCCUUCCUGAACACCAAAAGACGGUCGAGAAGCUCAGCAAGGAGUUGCAGACAGUUCAUCUUGAACCAUGUUCUGUUUGUAACCUUGAGUUCACAGAGGAAACCUACGAUCUAAUGAAAGAGUACGAACAUGUAUACGGUGAGAUUCUCAGAAACGUUCAACAGCUGCCACUUCUCAAGAAUAACUAUCUUCGUGCUGGUCGACUUUUCUGUUUCCGCGAUGAAGAGACGAGACAACGAGUUGGUUUCUUGGUCAGAGUUUCCAUGGAUAAUGAUUCUGUUCUACUUUUGACCUUUGAUCCUGGAGAUAACCAAGAUGAUGUCUCUAAAUUGCCUUAUAUUGCUACUAAAGACUACCUCCAGCAUUAUUUCGGACAAAUAACGUUCAACGGUUCGUUCAAAGUGGUUGCAGUUCCAAUUGACAAGGUUAAUUUCAUUGGACAGAAGAUGGUGAAGAUCUAUAUGAAAGACUUGAUUCAUGGAAAUAAGAAUGAGAUUGCACAUGCCUCGGCUCAAGUGAAGACACUUCUUAGGUUCCAAACCGCCUGGCGUGAACUUAGCUUUGAUCUGGCAGUCCAAAUCUCGCUACACGAACUUCUUGUCAGGAAACGUGAGAUUGUGGAGAAAAUCAGCAUACUCCGAAGUUAUGAGUGUCCUAACUUUGCACUUCAUUAUAAGCAACUCAGCCAACAAGACGAACUCAAAACACAAAUUAGCUCUCUCCAAAGAUUGAUUUCAGAUGAAAAUUUGGAAUUACUUCCUGACUACGAGCAGAGAUUACGUGUAUUGGAAACCUUGGGAUUCAUUGAUGCUAACCAUAAUGUUGGACUAAAGGGAAGAGUAGGAUGUGAAAUUAAUUCUGGAUGGGAAUUGGCGAUAACAGAGUUGAUUUUAGACAAUUUUUUGGGUGACUUUGAACCAGAAGAGAUAGUGGCCUUGCUCUCGUGUUUCGUCUAUGAGGGAAAAACUAACGACGAGGAAGAUCCUCCGUUGACUCCAAGACUUGAAAGAGGAAAGCAGAAAAUCAUGGAUAUCAGUAAGCAUGUUUUGGACGUUUGUUCUGACAAUCAAAUUGCACUUACAUCUGAAGAAACCGAAUUUUUGGAGCGCAAGAGAUUUGCAUUGAUGAAUGUGGUUUAUGAGUGGGCACGAGGCUUAUCUUUUAAUGAGAUAAUGCAAAUGAGUACCGAAGCUGAGGGAACCAUUGUACGGGUAAUCACAAGAUUAGACGAAAUUUGUCGACAAGUGAAGAGUGCUGCCUUGAUUGUUGGAGAUUCGACAUUGCAUUCCAAGAUGUCCGAGGCUCAGGAGAGAAUCAAGCGUGAUAUAGUAUUCUGUGCUUCGUUAUACUUAUGA